CAAUCUUGCAGUGCGAGCCGUGCCGAUGACGGAGGUGGGAGCGAUAGCUGAGGCGAGAGGUAGGACGAUGCUCCCAGGCAGGCUUCCGGCUGAGCUGAAUCGACAAGUUAAGUAGGCUAAUUACCCUGCCUCUGUUGGCCUCAGCCUUGCUCCUCUUCCCAAAGCCCCUCAAUUUGAUCAAAGCUCCCUACACCCACUAUCAGCAAGCAUUCCACCAUCAAGCUUGCCAUCAUGACUAUCUCCCACUACGGCGUCUGGAUCGGCCAGCCCACCCGCUACGAGGCUCAGACCGACGCCGAGGAUCCCAAGUCUCCCCACAUCUACCUCUACUUCAAAGACGACACUUCUUCCCGAAAGCAGCUCGAGGCCGCCAUCAACGUUAAGUCCACCGAUAAGGAUAGUCGCCUCGUCUACUGGUUCGACCGCAACUUCACCCACGCCAUCACCGAGCAGCUCGACAGCCUGGACCAGGGCUUCCACCUCCUCAGCAGCUCCGUGAACAGCCAGUCUCGCCGGCGCCACGAGACCACGGCGAGCAUCCAGGGGCUGGACUUUGUCCGCACCGAGGGGCUGGUGGACAUCGAUGCUGGCACGGUCCUCGGGGCGGACGGUGACCAAGACAUCCUCGAUCAGGUGGACCCCAUCCUGACGGACGCGAUCAACCAGAAGGCGACCAUCUACAUCUUCGGCUCCUCUUAUGGCUCGGGGAUCCAUGAUAUCCACAUGAAUCAGGGCAGCCAAGGCUACACGAAUGGGAUCUAUGAAGACGGGGCGUUGCUGUUCAAGUUCGCUGAUGGGCAUUGGGAGGCGAUCUUCUUGGCCUUCGCGUCUCAGAAAAUCCCCACGGAUGACAAUGGUGAGCCCGAGAGUGAUAGCCAGUCGUUGGCUACGAUUUUGGGUCAGUAGGCGCGGGGCUGGUUGCGGGAUGAGGGGCAAUGGGGUGAGACGUGUGUCACAUCGCCGAUUGAUUCGAUAGGUUGAUCAUGCG